GAAGGAUUUGUAGUGCGUCCAAAAAAAUACCAAGGAUAAUACAGUCACUCGGCAGAGGGCAAUCUGGUAAAUCAAAAAUUGAUACAAUAAGGACCGUUUGCUAGUGUCGCAUGAUACUUGUCCCAUUACAACUCCUAAAGGCAGCUGCGGACUCUCCAAGAAUAACGUCGUCUUAUUAUAUCACUCUCUCUCCCGCAGCCACCAACCCAAGAGUCAGACUUAACCAAACCACCAAACACUUUCUCCGGAAAAAUAAUCAGUCGACGCCUCCAAGUAAACUCUCGAAGAAGCCAUGGCCUGUUCGAGCCUCGUGAAGCUUAAUGCGGCGUCGUCUCAGUGGAUCGGUCAGCAGUCCUUCACUCAGCGCCACGGAUCGUCCACCAGCCUCUCUACUCGCCGAGUCGCCGUCCCGAUCCGAGCUAAGGCCUACACCGACGAACUCAUCUUAACCGCUAAAACUAUUGCAUCUCCUGGUCGUGGUAUACUUGCCAUCGAUGAAUCAAAUGCAACUUGUGGAAAGAGGUUAGACUCUAUUGGCUUGGACAAUACCGAGGUUAACCGACAGGCUUACAGGCAACUUCUGUUGACCACUCCUGGCCUAGGCGAAUACAUUUCAGGUGCCAUUCUUUUUGAGGAAACACUUUACCAGUCAACAACAGAUGGGAAGAAAUUUGUGGACGUGUUGCGCGAGCAGAAAAUUGUACCCGGAAUCAAAGUUGAUAAGGGUUUGGUUCCCCUACCAGGAUCCAACAAUGAAUCUUGGUGCCAAGGCUUAGAUGGAUUGGCUUCACGAUCUGCUGAGUACUACAAGCAAGGUGCUCGUUUUGCUAAAUGGCGCACAGUUGUUAGCAUUCCUUGUGGUCCUUCUGCUCUGGCUGUUAAGGAAGCUGCAUGGGGACUUGCACGUUAUGCUGCCAUUUCUCAGGACAAUGGUCUUGUGCCCAUUGUAGAGCCUGAGAUUCUUCUUGACGGGGACCACCCAAUAGAAAGGACACUUGAAGUGGCAGAGAAGGUCUGGGCAGAAGUCUUCUAUUACUUGGCUGAAAACAAUGUGGUGUUCGAAGGAAUCCUUCUUAAGCCUAGCAUGGUAACCCCAGGGGCUGAACACAAGGAAAAGGCUUCUCCAGAGACCAUUGCCAAACAUACACUCACAGUGCUUAAAAGGAGAGUUCCUCCUGCAGUACCAGGAAUCAUGUUCUUGUCAGGAGGACAAUCCGAAGCAGAAGCAACCCUGAACCUCAAUGCAAUGAACCAAAGCCCCAACCCAUGGCAUGUUUCCUUCUCGUAUGCACGUGCUCUGCAGAACUCUGUGCUUAAGGCAUGGCAAGGACAUCCUGAGAACGUGGAAGCUGCACAAAGGGCACUAUUGGUCCGAGCAAAGGCGAACUCCUUGGCUCAGCUAGGAAGGUACUCUGCUGAGGGUGAGGAUGAGGAAGCCAAGAAAGGAAUGUUCGUCAAGGGCUAUACAUACUAAGCCAGAGUCUGAGGCAGUUCAUUCCUUCGGGAACUUGAAAAGGAUGUAAUUUACAGCAUUUUUUUUGGUGUUAGCUAUGUAUGCUGAGUAAAAGCUUUUUCAUUUCUUUUCCCCCAAUAGAAAGACUUGAGAGCUUGAAUAAGACCGGUGAGAAAGGAUAUGUUUUUCAAACUGUAACUUAUGAAGGUGGGAGUAGUGGUAAAAUUAUUCCUAUUUAUCAAAGUUAAUUUUCAUAAAGCACCUUGUGAUUCU